AUGAAGCAGAAGUUCCUAGUCCUGAACUUUAGUCCAAUUCAAUCAGACUGCACUGACCACUGUGAAACAGACGCCCCACAUGCAGACAUGUUCCUGUAUUUCUUGGCACUAGUGGUUCUCUGUUAUCUGUACCGAUGGUUCAAAGAGCUGCCCAGGAUCUCAGACAAGAGCAACAAGUUUGUGUACAUCACUGGCUGUGACACUGGCUUUGGAAACCUUUUGGCUCGACACCUGGACAAGCAGGGCUUUAGGGUCAUUGCAGGAUGUUACAGUGAGAAAGGAGAGGAAGACCUGAAGAAAUCCUGCUCUGAAAGGUUAACUACAACACACCUGGAUGUGGCCUCCAAAGACAGUGUGGCCAAAGUGGCAGCAUUCAUCAAGGAGAAAGUAGGACAGCGAGGUUUGUGGGCCGUGGUGAACAAUGCUGGUGUGUCUGUCCCGUCUGCCCCCUGUGAUUGGCUCACCAUAGAUGACUAUACAUACAUGCUGAACGUGAACCUGAACGGGGUCAUAGCUGUGACUUUGAGCGUCUUGCCACUGAUAAAGAAGGCCAAGGGAAGGGUCGUCAAUGUCGCAAGUGUGUUUGGAAGAAUCAGUCCGACAGGAGGCCCUUACACCGUCUCAAAAUAUGGAGUGGAGGCUUUUAAUGACAGUCUGAGGAUUAAUAUGCAUGAUUUUGGAGUCAAAGUCCUCUGCAUUGAGCCUGGGUUCUUCAAGACAAACGUCACCAAUGCUGAUCUCAUUAGCAAAUCUGUGACGUCACUGUGGGAAAAGCUGCCCCAGGAUGUGAAGGACGACUAUGGACCGAAUUAUCUGGACAAGGCUCUUAAACAACUGCGAGUUGACGUGGCGAAGCUUAGUGAUGGCGAUCUGAUGAAGGUGGUCAGCUGUAUGGAGCAUGCUGUGUCCGCUGUCCGACCCAGGACACGUUACUCCCCUGGUUGGGACGCAAAGUUGUUCUGGCUGCCUCUGUCCUACAUGCCCUCGUGUGUCUCUGAUUAUAUUCUGACAUCACAAAGCAUUCCUUUAGCAAAGGCUGUAAAGUAA